UCCUUUAUCGGGGGAAACCCGGAAGAGGAUUAUGGAGCGAAGGUUACACAGAGCAGCGUUAUGGCGAUCGUCUUCUGAAAGCAAUGUAGACAAAGCGGUCAAAAGUACACCCAUGUUGAUCUACAGAGGCGCAAAGUGGUCUCACUCGUGACGGACCGAACAUUUCGCACGCACCCCUUCAUGUUCGUGAAAGUCCGUCCAUGUUCUUUUCCAAUAUUUUGCGUUGUUGCAUUGAGACGUAAAUACUCAGCUGUAUUUUAAAUAGGUCAUAAUCUUUAUCGCCUGCGAGAGACAUGGGGAAUGGAAUGAACAAGGACAAUGACCCAACACACCUCCAGGAUGUGUAAGGGCUAUGACCAAGAAGGAGAGUGAUGGAGUGCUGCAUCAGAUGACUGUUUCUGUUGUUGAUGGGCUCUACCUGGGAAAUAUCAGAGACUCUGAGAACAGAGAAAGUUUGUCCCAGAACAACAUCACCCACAUCCUGUCUGUGUAUAACAAUGCUAAACCCGUGCUGGAGGACAUGACCUACCUGUGUAUACACGCAGCUGAUGCGUCUAGCCAGAACCUGUCACAGCAUUUCAAAGAGAGCAUCAGGUUCAUCCACGAAUGUCGUCUAAAUGGAGGGGCCUGUCUGGUGCACUGCCUGGCCGGUGUGUCCCGUAGUACCACCAUGGUGGUGGCCUACCUGAUGACCGUCACCACCUACAGCUGGGAGGAGUGUCUGUCGGCUGUCAAGGCCGUGCGUUCCUUCGUAGGCCCGAACUAUGGCUUCCAACAGCAACUACAGGAGUACCAGAUGAACCAAGUCUCAGAGAACAGCCUCAAUUCGUCGGGACAUGGACUACAAGGUUUCGAUAGCAUUCUUCAGGGAUGCUGGCCCAUGUUGACUCCAAUGCUUCCCACAGUUGGCUGGAUGUCCUCUGGGUGGUGAACCAUUCUUUUUUUUGUAAGAUUUUAUAAACAAUACAAAACAUACACAUAAAUGACAACAUCAUACAAACAUUAACUACAUCCCACCUGGCCAGACCCUCUAGUAAACACCCCCAUCUCCAGUGCCCGAAUCACUUUCAACAUGGCCUGAAACUGCACCAUUUUUCCCCCUCCGUAGCCCACGCACUUUCAAUAUUUAAAUAAUAUAUCAUUACAUUUUUCCAUUGUAUUAAUGAUGGCGGAUUGAUUGAUUUCCAAGUUUUCUGUAUCCGUUUUUUCAAGAUGAGUGAUGAGAAGAUAAUUGUCCCACCCAUCGGGUAUCUCACUAUAUUUCACCAUGUCUUGAAAUAUACAGACAGACAGAUUAAAAUUAAGUUUACAUUGUAACAGCCAACUUUCUAGCUCCGUCCACAAAGCAUGGAUCAUUGAGUCAUUAUUCGUUUUAAGACAUGAUUCUGCCAUUGUAAUGUAGAAUUUGUGAAUUUUGUCUCUUGUAUAAUAAAUUCUAUACAUCAUGUUAAACUGGAUUAAGCAUACAUUUUUGUUAGCUGUAAUUUCAUGAGUUAUGCUCCAACUUUCCUUCCAUUUUAUGCCAACAUCAGUUUUUUAAAGUCUUGGUUUCAAUAGUUUAUAUUUUUUUCUAAGAGAUUGCCAGUUGGAUUUGCUCUCUAGGUUUUGUAUACCUUCCCGAUCAUAUGAACAUCCUUUAUCUGACUCAAAGAUUCCAUCAAGGUUGCUCUGAUGCCCAAAGGUUUUCAAAUAUACAUUUUGUGAUAUCUCACUUUUAAGUUGCAUGGAUUUUUUAUUCUGUCAUGGAAAUAACUGUAUUUCCUGUUACCAAGUCAAUUCCGGUUUCAAAGCCUUAAGGUUUCCAUGUUGACCAAUUUAUCUGUGAAUUCUGAAAAGCUCUCCAAGGAUUGUUCCAUAACGUUGUGUUUUUAAGAAGUGAUAUUGGUUCUUCAAGAAUACGUUUCAUUUUCUCCCAUGUUGUGAUAGUGUUCAUAGCUUUAUCCUUUGAAAAUAGACAUGUGAAAAGAUUCUGGGGAUGAGCAUGCGCAUCUUCAGUAUGUACCCAUUUUUCCUCAUUACCGAGUCUGGCAGGUUAAAACCAACUUCAGAUUUAGGAAGAUGUAAAACUUUCCUUUUUAUUCCAUGCAUUUGAUUUUCCCCAAUAAAGUAUGUUAUGACUGAGUACACUUUUUUUAAGACUGUCUUCGGUUAAAUAAAUACAAAAACUUUGUCAGCCAUGACAUUCUAAAGUGGUUUAUUCUACCUGCAAGAUUUAUGGGAAGACAAUUGAAUUUAAUUAGAUCUGCUUUCAUAUUGUUGAGUAAUGGAAUAAAUGUAUCUGUAUAUAUUUGUA